CCAAAAGCUUCGUUUCGGCCCACGCGGUUUUCAAUUGACGGCAAGUAUCAACGACCGGAUAGGAAAUACCGGAUCCGGUACCGUGUUCGAUCUUCCAAGAUGUCGGCAUCACAAAAGCCAAUCCGUCUUCCUCCGUUGAAAGUCCUCCGAGUUCGCAACCCGAAUGGCCAAAGGGAGCGUCCGUGCAUGGCUCUCAUGUCAUCCGUUUUAGCAUGCUGGGCAUCUGCAGGAUAUAACACCGUUGGAUGUGCGCAGGUUGAACAGGCCUUGCGGAAUUGCAUGGAUGGACCACAACCUUCGAAGCCCAAGAGCAGCGAGAUCAAUUACCAUCUUUCGCGAUUCAAGGAUAGGCUUACCUACGCGCAAAAGAAAAAGAAAUGAUAGCUCUAAAAGGGGAGAAUAUGACAACUACCAGCCGUGGUCGAAAAAGCUACUACGUCUUAUUAGAUCUUGACACCCUAAACGAAGAUAUGGUACAAAUACUUUCACCCUUCUGUACGAUACGGUGGAAGAUUAUGGAAUGAAACAACUCCUAGUGUUCAAAGCAUAAGCCGGCGUUCUAGGUUGAUUUGAACGGGGGCUCCAGUAUGAUGGUUAUCAACCAAUUGAUACUAGAAACGUACAAUUAGGUUAGAGAUGCCAUCCUGGAGGGAAUAGGCAUACGCAGUCUGAUGUGAGCUGAACACAGGGUUGCACAUAACAUCCAUCAGUAGGCCAUAUAGCUUUGGAGGCCACUAAAUAUUAAACCAAGCGUUAGGUAC